AUGGAGGAAAAUCAAGCUUUUCCAAAAGUCGAUGUACACUAUAAUGGUACUUUUGUGCCUAAUCUGUUAGUGUAUUUUGCUCCACAAGUACUACAUCUGAAUGAAGAUGCAAACGAAUUAGGUUUCUCCGAUUUCGUCAAAUAUGUUGAGAAGCUUAUCGAUUUUCAGUGCAAGCAUGUGUAUUAUUGUAUACCUGAAGUAAGAUUGAGUGAGGAGCUCCAAACAAUACAAAAUGAAUGUAACUACUCUGAGUUUCUUGAGGUUGCAAAUGCUAACAGACAUGUGGAUGUGUAUAUUGACCAUGAUAAUGAACCUCUAUUUGAGUGGAUUCAGAAAGAAGAACCAGACGAUGAAGACCUUGUGUAUUCAGAAGAAGAUGUCGACUCUGUUUUGGCAGAUGAUGAGAACUGUAAACAUGAAGAGGAUGAAUCUGUUACAUCAAGCAAAAGAAUCUUCAAAAGAACCUAUAAUGAUAAGUUUCUGAACAAGUUAUGUCCAGUAGUUGUUGAAGAUGAAGAUGAAAAAGGCAAUCAACUUUUAGUUGUCUACCCUAGGCAUGAUGCUACUCAGGAAUGGAGGAAGAUGAAGCCUGAACUAGGUAUGAGAUUCUCUUCUCCUGCUAAACUUAAGUCAUCUCUCAGUAACUAUGCAGUUGCACAUGGAUAUGACUUGUAUUAUGAGAAGAAUGACAAAGAUAGGAAUGCAAAAAGAUUUGCAUUGUGUGAAAUUGAGGGUGAUUUGAAAGAUCAUUAUUCCAAGCUGUGGGAUUAUGGAGCUGAAAUUAAAAGGGCUAACCCAAGAUCUCAUGUAGAAGUGUAUGUGCAACCCCAAAAUAAUUCUAUUGUGGUGUUUGAAAGGUUUUAUGUGAGUUUUAAAGGAGUUGUUGAUGGAUGGUUAGAUAGGUGUAGGAAGGUAAUUGGGAUAGAUGGAUGUUUUCUGAAGGGCAUCUGUAAAGGAGAGCUCCUCUCAGCAGUAGGUUGGGAUGGAAACAAUAACAUUUACCCAAUAGCCUGGGCAGUAGUAAAUGUUGAGAACAAGAAUAAUUGGAAGUGGUUAUUGUACAAUCUAAUGGAAGACAUAGAUGAAGGGGAAAUGGGUAUAAUGGAGGUUGUGAAAGAAAGAUAUCUAGAAGUUGAGCAUAGGUUGUUUGCUAGGCACAUCCUUGCUAACUUCCAUAAAAAGUUUAAGGGUGAGUGCUACAUUAAACCUUAUUGGAGGGCUGUAAAGGCAACUACAAUUCCAAAAUUUGAACUUGCAAUGGAAGAAAUCAAGAGUUUUGAUGUAGGGGCAUGUGAUUAUCUCAUUAAAAGGGACCCCAAGUGUUGGUCAAGGGCUUUUUUUAAGGUUGGAAUGGGAUGUGAUGCAAUGGAAAAUGGUGUGUCUGAGAGCUUCAAUGUUGCUAUUGAAGAAGCUCGAAAGAAGCCAUUCAUCACUAUGUUGGAGGACAUAAGGGUAUUUGUGAUGGAGAGAUUGUACAUGCAGAAAGGGAAAGGAUUAGGCUGGGAUUUGGCAAUUUGUCCAACUAUCAGAAGGAAACUUGAUUCUAGGCAUCAUAUGUUAGUGGAUACAAGUAGUUUGAAGUUGUGCAAUGUAAUGAAAGAGGAACUUGUUGCAGAGUGGUUUACUAAAUCUGCAUUUCUUAGGGUCUAUGAAUACACCAUACAUCCCGUGAAUGAUAGUACCUUGUGGCCCCACAUGCCUGAUUUUCACCAGAUACUACCUCCUAUUAGGAGGAGGUUACCUGGUAGGCCAUGUGUGAAAAGAAAAAGAGACCAAGCAGAAAAUGAACUCAGUGGGUACACAAGGCAUACAAUAAGCAGGGCAGGUGUUCAACACAGAUGUACAAUUUGUAAUGAAACUGGACACAACAAAGCUACAUGUCCAAUGAGGGGUCCUUCUGAAGCAGGUCCAAGUAAAGCAAGAAAGAAGAGUAAUGCAAGAAACUGCCCUUCACAAGCAGGUCCGAGCACUCCAGCUCCAAGUGCUCCAACACAUGUCAAUCAAGAUCCUUUGACUCAAGACCAUGUCCCUGUGAAUGAAGAUCCUAUGAAUCAGGAGAAUGUGAAUGAAGUUCUUGUGAAUGAAGUACCUAUUAACCAAGAUCUUGUGAUUCCAGUACCUGUUAACCAAGUGCCUGUGAAUCUUGGUGUUAGAGUGCCUAGGAGACUUGGUGUUAGAGCAAGGAAGCCUUAA